AUGCCUGUUGUGUGCACCGCCUGCGGCUGCAAGAAGAACUUGGAUCACUACAAGUGGUGCAUGUACUGCUGGAAGGCCCUCCCCAAGGUGCAGUUCGUGGAUCCAACUGCUGCUGCUGGCGCUUGGCGCCGUAGUGGCAAGCCUGGCGCUAGCAAGAGCAACACUGGCGCCACCAAGGCCUCGGACGGUCAGCAGGUGGAGGCCUUCGCCGCCAUGCCCGAGGAGCACUACGCCAACGCCGCGCUGCUGCUCACCCACAGCCAGCGGGAGCACGGGCAGCUCAAGACCAAGUUGGCCGCCAUCGACAACAAAUUGUCCAAGGCUGCCAUCAUCCUCCAGAAGCAGCUGCAGCGCGUGGUGGAGUUGCGUCUUGAGCAGCAUGCUCUGCAGCUUCAAGAACGCCAAGCAGCUGACCGUUCGAGGCAGGCCUGGACUCAGAUCGCAGGCGAUGGACCACAGGGUGAGGCUGAAGCACCUGAACGAGUUCUGUUCCAGCGCUUCCAGCAGCUCGACCCCAGCCUGGCAAUGCAGUUCAGUCAAUUGCUCACCGCCAAGGCGCAGUUUGAACACCAGCAAGCUGCUCAGCGUGCUGCUGCUGCGCCGCCGACCGCCGUGGCGUCCCUCGUGCUUCCAGGUGACGCGGCCAGAGCAGCUCCUGUUCAACUGGUUUCUGAUCAAGAGAGCGAGGCCGACACGCCACGGGCCGAUGAUGACAUGGACUUCGACGAUAGCUGGGCAGAUGAGGCGCGCAAGGCGGCGUCCGUCGAGCACAACAUCAUUGCCUCCCUGUGCAACGCUACCAUGGUCGACACCAUCGCCUCGCGCAACGGCGCCCAGCCUGAGCAGGUGCAGGCUGUGCUCAGUGAAGUGCUCGCCAGCGCAGGGCGUUCUGCCAGGCGGGCUUGCACGCCGGCUGUGGUGCCCGAGCGUAG